AAUUCUCAUUUUUCUCUGGCAGUGACUUGCGGAUUGUUUUGAAAAUUUGGAGAAUAAACUAAAAUAAAAGAUAAUUCCUAAGAAUUAAAAAUGGAGUCAAUAGCUACGGAUUCUGGCAAAAUUGUUAAAAUGGAAGUAGACUAUAGUUCUACUUGUGAUGAAAAGAUUCCCGAAUGUGAAAAACUAGCAAAAUCGGGAAAACUACAUGAUGCACUUGAUCAGCUCUUGGCUCUUGAGAAACAGACUCGAACAGGGGCUGAUAUGAUAUCUACUGGCAGAGUUUUGGUUGCGAUAUGCCAAAUUUGUAAAGAAGCUAAAAAUUGGAAUGCCUUAAAUGAACAUAUUGUGAUGCUUACAAAACGUAGAUCCCAAUUGAAACAGGCUGUUGCUAAAAUGGUUCAGGAAUGCUGUUCUUAUGUCGAUCAAACACCAGACAAAGAUACCAUGAUAAAACUAAUUGAUACAUUGAGGCAAGUGACAGAGGGAAAAAUUUAUGUAGAAGUUGAAAGAGCUCGCUUAACUCACAAAUUGGCUAAACUCCGUGAAGAUGAAGGUGAUAUACAAGAGGCUGCUAAUAUUAUUCAGGAACUUCAAGUAGAAACUUAUGGUUCUAUGGAGAAGCGUGAAAAAGUUGAGCUAAUAUUAGAACAAAUGCGAUUGUGCUUGGCAAAACAAGAUUAUAUCAGAACUCAAAUAAUUUCCAAAAAGAUUAAUACGAAAUUCUUUGAGGACGAAGGAACACAAGAUUUAAAAUUAAAAUAUUACAGAUUAAUGAUGGAUUUAGACCAGCAUGAAGGAUCUUACUUGGCCACGUGUAAGCAUUACAGGGCUGUUUUAAACACGCCAAGCAUACAAGCAUCUCCCGAAGAAAGGCAAAAAUCAGCUAAAGCAGUAGUAUUAUAUUUAAUAUUAGCCCCCUAUGAUAAUGAACAGUCUGAUCUUACCUAUAGAGUUAUAGCAGACAAAGUUUUAGAAGAAAUACCAUUGUACAAGUCUCUUUUAAAACUUUUUACUACUCCAGAGUUGAUAAAGUGGUCAGGUUUAUGUGAAUUAUAUGAAAAAGAACUUAAGUCUACACCAGUAUUUAGUGGAGAUGAUCAAGCUACUAAACGAUGGGCAGAUCUGAAGUCUAGAGUAGUAGAACACAAUAUACGUGUAAUGGCAAAAUAUUACACACGAAUCAAGAUAACUCGCAUGGCACAACUCCUAGACCUGUCACCGGCCGAAACCGAGGAAUUCUUGUCAAAUAUGGUCGUAAAUAAGACUGUCCAAGCUAAAACAGAUAGACCGGCUGGCGUUGUGAAUUUCCAACAACAGAAAGAUCCUAGUGACGUUCUUAAUGACUGGGCGAGGGACUUGUCUUCGUUAAUGCAACUGGUCAACAAGACGACUCAUCUCAUUAAUAAGGAGGAAUGUGUCCACAAACAUUUACAAGCUACCAGUGCAUGAGAGUAUGAGACCAUAUCGUCGCGAUUUUUUUAUAGAGACAGUGUGUCUUAUUUUUAGUAGUGUACUUUAACUUAAGUUAUUUCUACUACAUAAAUUCAAGAUAUUAAUUAAUAUGGAUUUUUUUGAAGUGUGGACGAUAUGAUUUUUUUAUAAAAUUUAUUGUGUUUUACUGACCUUUUAUUACAUAUAACAUCUACUAAUCUAAUACAUUUUGCCUCUG